AUGUGCCUGUCCUAUCUGUUUACAUUAUCUGGAAAGCCCAUGUACCUGAAAUGUGGAUAUAUCUGCUGCUGUCACUGCACAGACUCACUGGAGAAGGAUCCAGAUGGGGAGGGUCUACUGUACCCACAAUGCUCUGUCGUCUCUGAGAGAGAAAACAUCAUGCCUGCUAUUCAGCUGGGGUGUCUGAUUUCCAAGAUCAAAAAACUCGGGCCCCAGCUGAGAGAUGUUCUCCAGAUGAACCCAAUGAUGAGGAACUUCCAAGUGGGCAUGACGUUGGAUGUGGACACAGCCAACAACCAGCUCGUCAUUUCUGAUGACCAGAGGAAUGUCCACCGUGGGUCCGACAUGCAGCAUCGUAAGGAAAGCGCGGAGAGAUUCCGAGUCUCAGCAUACGUCCUGGGCUCCUCGCAGUUCACUUCCGGCUGCCACUACUAGGAGGUAGUUGUGGGGACAAGCAAAGAAUGGGAUAUCGGCAUUUGCAAAGAGUCCAUCAAUCGACAAGAGCCAGUUGUGCUGUCCAAAAACCAUGUCUUCUGGACUGUGGGUUUGAGAGAUGGAGAGAUCUACGCAGCCACCACCGAGCCCAUGACUCAACUCUACGUUACCCCUCGGUUGCACAGAGUGGGGGUUUUCCUUGAUCUACUGCACAGAUGCAUUUCCUUUGGGGAUGUUAGGGGUGGGUCCCAUGUCUUUACAUUCGUUAACAUUCCUGUCAAGGAGUCAUUACAUCCAUUCUUUGCCCCUGCAAAUGCAACUCCAGAUAAUCAAGGUGUCCUGAGUAUCUGUCCUGUGAUGAAUCCAGCCAUUCUCAGGCUUCUAGUUCACCCUGAACAAGGCAAAUAAUCCUUUGAACACCAAAACAUCUAACAGAAACUGCUGUGUGCUCAUAACCAUGGUGAAAAACUUUUGUGCUUGGUACAAAGACAUUUCAGAAAUAUGUAGAGGGUGUCAUGAAUUCAAAUUCAUUUUUAAUACUAGUUACAUUUUAU